CCGGCUCGGCGAGAGAGGCCCCGAGAUGCCGAGCAAGAAGAAGAAGUACAACGCGCGGUUUCCGCCGGCGCGGAUCAAGAAGAUCAUGCAGACGGACGAAGAGAUUGGGAAGGUGGCGGCAGCUGUGCCUGUCAUCAUCUCCCGGGCGCUUGAGCUCUUCCUGGAGUCCCUGUUGAAGAAGGCUUGCCAGGUGACCCAGUCUCGAAAUGCCAAAACCAUGACCACGUCCCACCUGAAACAGUGCAUUGAGCUGGAGCAGCAGUUUGACUUCUUGAAAGACUUGGUGGCAUCUGUGCCCGACAUGCAGGGGGAUGGGGAAGACAACCACAUGGAUGGGGACAAGGGUCCUCGAAGAUGGACUGUACCUUCCCGAAGGGGUCGGAAACCAGGCAGCAGUGGCAGGAAGAAUGGAGGCACUGGAAGCAAAGGCAAAGACAAGAAGCUGUCUGGGACAGACUCGGAACAGGAGGAUGAGUCUGAGGACACAGACACUGAUGGGGAAGAAGAGGCACCACAGCCUCCGCCCCAAGCCAGUCACCCCCCUGCCCACUUUCAGAGCCCUCCAACCCCCUUCAUGCCCUUCGCCUCUUCUCUGCCUUUGCCCCCAGCACCCCCUGGCCCCUCAGCACCUGAUGCAGAGGAUGAGGAGGACUAUGACUCCUAGCGCUCACUGCCCCUGACCCCAGGCUAUACGCCGCCUUUUAGUUAGUAUUAGCCGCUCUGGGGAGAAGAGAAAUUGUUGUUAAAUUUAUUAAAUACAUUUAUUAAAAAAAGGAA